CCACCACCAUAUAGUCCAUACAAUAAUGCAAAUUUCAUGAAAGAUAUGUUAUUUAUCAACCAAAUUAUGGUGGAUUGAAAAAUAUUGGGUAAUUUUAAAUAGUGUAGAUGUAUAAAGUUGGAGUUACUUCAGGAGAGAUAAAAUAAGAAUUCUUUGUUUGGACAUACAACAUUAAUACAUCUUAAUCUGUCUGUGGCACAAGAAAAAUUCAAUACAUCUAAAAGAAAUAAUUAAAAAUAAAACGAUUAUAACUCAUUUUGAAUAGGCUAUUAUUGUUUCUAAAAAAAUCCAUAUUUUUAAAACCCUUGGGGAGGGGAGGUAUAUGUAAUUUAGAUGAAAAUCAUUAAUUCUUUUUUUAUUUUUCUUUUUGUAAUUUUCGCUUAGCAGAAAACCCUAGCUUUUCCUGACCCAUCACUUACCGUCUUCGCCGUUCAACGAAGGUGAAGGGGUUGUUGAAGCAUUGAGGCUUUGAAUUUCUUCUGUGGAUUGUGUCUGAAGCUUUGAAUAAUGGACGGAUUGCAGCAACUGCUUCGUAAGGCUUCCAGAGACUAUCAAUCCGCCUCCAGAUCUUUAUCUGAGAGUGGAGGAGGAGGAGGAGGAGGAGGAGGAGUUUCUGCUUUGUCUUCUGAACAGUCUGGGGUUUUGGUUACCAGAGCUCCCAGGCAGGCGGUAUCAUUAUGGACGUGUUCAAAGCUUUGUGCAGUUUUCUUCGUUGCUGGAGUUGUUGUUGGUUAUACGCUGAAGAGACGUGUUCGUCGCUGGGCCUCCAAGCUUCUCAGAAGAUUGAAGGAUGACUGAUGUGCUUGAUCCUCCGAUUCUUAUAUGCCAGUUGCAUUGUCAUCAUCUAUAUCAUCUUGAUGUUAUCAAUAGGAAUUGUUCCAUGAUUGUAGCUGCAGCCAGUAGAGAUACACUAAUCAUCAGUAAAACAUUUUUGGAUGGUGGUUUGCAGUAUGGAGAAGUUCCUGGCACCCAAACAUGCAAUGGGGUUCACCUCAUUGAUUGAAAUUUUUGUUCUCACAUUUAAUACUGUUCAUUCUGCAUGAAUGGUUCUGUUUCAAGGUAUUGGUGAAUCAAUAGAAUCUUGUAAAGUAUCCUUUGGCUUGAUGGGGAUUGAAAAUUUUGCUGCUAUGAAUGGAUUUUUGAAAUGGAAAAUUCAUUCAA